CUGCUGUAAAAUCCGUCCCCCUCAGGAGAGAGGAGCGAGACGUCAAUAAGCAUCCUCCACAUGCAGUGACUUUCUGUCAGCCUGUGGUCGCCCUUUUCACCUUGAUAGCCAAACGCGUUUCCAGUAUUAGCUGCCCACACCUGUACUUGUCGUGUUAGUAUUGCUUUAGUCCACGGAGCUGCACACUUGGGGCUUUGACCAUUACCAUGGUCUCCCGGAAGCAGGAGAAGUUGCUGCGUUACGUAGAGGAGGGGAGCGUGCUGAAGUUGAAGUCCUACCUCCGCAAGCAUCGCGGGCUGUCGGUGACGUUUGCUGGACGGAAGGGCCGCAGCCCUCUGCACGUGGCCUGUGCGCGGAGAGACGAAGUGGCCGUGCGGUUACUGCUGAAACAUGGAGCUGACCCUUUAACCCAGGACCACAAGGGAAAUACUCCACUGCACUUGGCGGCCAGAGAGGCAGUGAAGAAAGGAGGGAGAGUCUUCGAAGAUCUCGUGGUUCCUCUGAGGAAGUGUUGCCCUGCCGCUAUGGAUGUGCUCAAUGAGGAUGGAGUCAGUGCAAGAGAUGUACUGAGGUCGAUGAAGCAGCACCAGCAAUGCCCAGGAUUCGCAGCGGAGGAGCAGAUCGACACGGCGAAGGAUCGAGCUGACAGGGAGUGGCACCACAAGCUCUUUGCAGAAUGCGAGGAUGAAUUCUACCAGAAAUGUGGGAGAUAUGAAGAGGACUUCUCCCUGCCCGAUCCCGAACCGCAGACGUAUGAUGACUGGGCCGACUGCCUGGCGAAGGAGUACGCGGCCAAGCGAGCGGCAGGCACCGGCUAUCGGGGGACAGCUGCCAGGGCGGCGGAGGAGGAGCGGCAGCGCAAGGAAAAGGAGCGGCGCGAGUUCCAGGAGCGGCUGGAGGCAGAGCACCGGCGUUACCUGGAGCGCGCCGGGCGCAAGGCGGAGGAGCUGGCGCACGGCCGCAAGCGCCGCUACGAGCGUGGCUGCGCCGACGUCUUUGGCCGGGCUGCCGGCAGUGGUGGCCAGCUGACGUAUGGGGACAUCCCCUGGCCUGCCCCCCAGGGCACGGUGGAGGAGAUGGUGACGGUGAUCCUCCACGGGGUGGAGCAGAGCGAGCCCACCUCCUACCGGCGGUACCUGCGGCAGCAGCAAGCGGUCUGGCACCCCGACCGCUUUGCCCAGCGCUGUGGGGAGCGCCUGGCACAGGGAGACCGUCAGAGAAUCCUGGACAUGGUGACGGCCCUCUCACAGGCUUUGAACAAGUUGUCUGAAAGUGUCCGCUAAUGACUCAAAUGCCACGUGGGGAGGGACAAGUUCAAGGUUUCUUCCCAUCUUCAAGGGCCUCUCUGUCUGUCUCUCUCUCUCUCUGAUAUUGUGGGGCUGGAUCUUCCUCUGCUUUCAUUGGCCGGGAUACACCACGGCCAGCUGAUGAGGGACAUGAGCUUCAACAGGUCGGAGUUGACAGCACCAGUCGGCCAUAUCCUCUGACCCACUGCCUCGUCUAGACAAACAGCCUUCUAUUUGUGGGAGGUUACUGCAUGCAAAUUGGCUGCCCUAUUUACGUUACGGCUCUUCAAAAGCAUUUCGUUGACCGUAAGACGCUUUGGGUUGUUCUGAGGCCACCGGGAUACAGGCCCCUCACGAUACAGGUCGUUCACAGCUGCUGCAGUGUCUUUCCUUUCAAGCCAAUUGUGACAUGAAUUGUUUGUUUGAAAGUUGUUUCAGAUUUUUGAAUUCAAGUUCCACCACCUGCCGUGGUGGGAUUCGAACCUGGGUCCCCAGAGCAUUACCCUGGGUCUCUGGAUGACGAGUCCAGUGACAAUACCACUCCGCCAUCAUCUCCCUGCCUAAACGCACUUAAUUCAGGGAGGUAUGGAAAGGCUGCAACUUUUCACAUCGGUUGAGGUUAAUAUGACGCCAUGCUGAUCUGCCCACAUUGUGGGCGAGCUUUUAAUCUGUGCAUUGUGUUUAGUGAAAUUAAACUACAUUCUCAGCAUUUGCCUGUAUUUUCUCCUAAUUCUGCUCAAAGGCAGGUCCGACCCACAGAACCACAAGCCCCGCCACGCGGAGGCAAGGAAGCAGGUCCCAAGCUUGGAUCGAAAGCCACGCUGGUGGCACCAAUCUGACCAGCCAGCUCCCCAAAGAGCCCAAGCUGCUGUGGUGAUGUCACUUUUACAUACAUGUUGUUCGCUUGGUGCUAUAGAUAGUGAAGGUGCUAUAGAUAGUGAUGGCUGACUCCAGGAAUCUCCUGCUCUCAGCACAUGUCUUUGACAUGCGUUGGAAAGGUUUAUAGGUUGAUACGCAACUUGUUUGGCUCUGUUAGGAACACACGUUCCUUGGCCAAGUGCUGGAGUGGGACUUGAAGGCAGAGCUUCUGGCUCAGAGACUACCCGCUGCACCACAGGACCUCCUUCAAUCAUACUUCUUUUAUGUAUCUUUAAGCUCAGCACGGGUCCUCUUGACCUGGAUACCAGUUUGUGACUGAUUCAACAUCCAGUCACAAGUUCAGAGGACACUCGUUUACCCAAAAACUUGCUAGAGAUCUUCCAAAAUGUUUAGUUUAAUAGGGUCGACCAAGGAAGAUGUCUGGAGACUGAGGGGUCCUAAACAUAAGAUAGUCAGUAAAUAAACCCAAUAUAAAAUUCAGGAGAGACGUCUUUACCUGCUGUGCCUGCACUAAACCCUUGAGAACAACGCGGCUUCUGUUGUAAACUGCGUAAGUUUUAAGGUUCAGGAGUCACUGAUUUAGCCAAAGGUGGUGGAGAACUCCUCAGUAAUUUUCAUGGUAGUUUGUUAAGACCAACAGGUUAGAUCUGAUGCAUCAGCUAAAUAGGUAGGGAAAGCACAGGAAGACCAGUGACAGGUGAGAGGGGUUUACUGAUCCCAGAGGAUGAAUGGAUGGUGCAGAGUGCAUUGAGCUCUGUAGCCUGUGGUGGCAGCAAUCUGCUCUCUAGCCUAAUCAUUAGGAAACUCUCUCCCCCCAAACCACCCCCCACCCCCGACCUCCUGCCCCUCCCUCAGUCUUUCUCCAUCUUCACUGACAUUCCUCCAUCUGCAGUUCAGGCAGCUGUGUACUGAGGACUGUCCCCUACCUCUCCAUGCACUCACUGAUAGGCCCUAUUUCUGGGGGCUGGUGGUUCACCCUGUGCCAAUCACUCGCUCAGCCCCUGCUAACCAACGAAUACAGGGCAGGUACCUGAGAUGUCAGGGUGGCCGCCUCCCCUUCUGGACUUGACAUUGAGUUCAACAGCUUCGGGCCUUAAUUUCUGCUCCCGUUUUGGUUCCCUUAGCAGGUUUUCUGUGUUUUUUUUUGCUUUUGGACAGCAGCUUUUCAUCGAUGUGCCAAUCAUGCCUGCUCCAUGCACACCUUUUGUUUCUUUUCUUGCCUCAUCUCCGUUCCCUUUGGCCCUGCACGACUAACUCUCCCGUCAGGGAGACGGUGGCGUAGUGGUUACUGUUGCUGGACCGGUAAUCCAGUGACCCAGCUAUUGCUCUGGGGAAAUACAGAACAUCAGAAUUAGGAACAGGAGUAGGCCACUCAGCCCCACGGGCCUGCCCCACCGUUCAAUAAGAUCUGAUUGUAACCUCAAUUCGACAUAAGACAAUCUGCCCAUUCCUGGCAUUAGUC